AUGUCGGAAAAGAGUAGCCCGAUUAAAUACUUUUUAAGUGGUGGGUUCGGUGGUGUUUGCACCGUACUAGCUGGUCAUCCAAUGGACACUAUUAAAGUAAGAUUACAAACUAUGCCCUUACCUCAAGCUGGUGAAGCGGCCUUGUACGCUGGAACUGUAGAUUGUUUUAAAAAAACUGUCCAGAAAGAAGGUUUUAAAGGCCUCUACAAGGGAAUGUCGGCACCCUUAACUGGAGUCGCACCAAUUUUCGCAAUCAGUUUCUUUGGUUUUGGACUAGGAAAAAAAUUGAUCAAGUCUGAAGACGACCAAGUUCUGACUAAAUCGGAACUUUUUGCUGCUGGUGCCUUUUCUGGUAUAUUUACGACUUCAAUUAUGGCCCCUGGUGAAAGAAUUAAAUGCUUACUUCAAAUUCAACAAGGCGGCAGUGGGCCUCAAAAGUACAGUGGCAUGCUUGACUGUGCCAGACAGCUAUAUGCAGAGGGGGGUAUUAGGAGUAUAUAUAAGGGAAGUAUCGCCACCAUACUAAGAGAUGUACCAGCAAGUGGUAUGUAUUUCAUGACUUAUGAAUGGGUAAAGGAGGUACUUGUACCCGAAGAUGCAAGUGCUAAGUUAAAAAUGUUGGCAACAGUGGUUGCUGGAGGUUGUGCUGGUAUUGCUAACUGGCUGGUGGGCAUGCCAGCUGAUGUACUUAAAAGUAGGUUGCAGACAGCUCCAGAAGGAACAUAUCCAAGAGGUAUGAGGGAUGUAUUCAAACAACUCAUGGAGCGAGAAGGACCUACUGCACUUUAUAAAGGCGUUGCUCCAGUAAUGAUAAGAGCAUUCCCUGCCAAUGCUGCCUGCUUUGUUGGAUUUGAGUUGGCCAUAAAAUUCCUUGACUGGGCAGCCCCUAAUCUAUGA